GCAGCCAAGGGUCUCUCCACCCCCGUCCCUGUGGCUGCUGUUCGUCCCCGGCCCUUUCGCUCUAACCUCGCCAAAGCCGCCGCUCCUGCAGUCCUUCGGCGCCAUCCAAUCUCACGCCAGACUCCCGCGGUAGGAGAGGAGAGUAUGAACGACGUUCCUUGCAGCGGCAGCGGCAGCGGCAGCGACGAGGAGCCCUUUCUGUUUCCACCUCCUUUCUUUCAUGGAUGCCGUGUCUUCUUUGCCCGUCAGAGCCCAGAUCUGGUUGUGGUUUGUACUGGUGAGUCCCUUUUGAACGCCCCCUCCCCCUCCUUUCCAUCUCUUUUAUGGGAUGUUCAAGUGCUCAUAUUUCUUAGAUCAUCGUUUGAGAGAAGAGAUGGGAAGAGAUUGAUUCCUGCAUUAAGAAUCUGUCCAAAGACACUAGACGUCCUGACUGGUGGUGAUUCUGUUCAGGGAGAAGAAAAUAUACAAUUCAUUGUGGCACUGUUAACGCUAGCAUCAGGAGGUUGUUCAUGUCAUCAAAAUGUGCAAACCAGAAUGAAAGUGCAACUACACUGCAGCUUCUUUGAGUGAAACAAGGGACCGACAACUGAAUAUUUUUAUGCCAACACACUUCUUGCUGGUGUGUCCUUUUAUCAAUAACAUGCCUGCUUCUCAAGAGACGCAAACUGUACCUGAUUAAGAAUGAGAACAACAACCUUUGCUUCUACUAGGUACUUUCAUUUAUUGACAUUCACCUGUUUGUGUUGUUAACAUUUAGUUCCAUCUAUCCAUCAAUUAGUUAUUAGUUUUUGCAUAUUUCAAUUAAGCGUUGGGGAAGAGUAGCAAAUCAUAAAUUUGAAACAUGUAUCCUCGCAUCUGUGACUGUCUUAUAAUCCAUGAAUAAAUAGUUACUACUUCAUUGGCGCAGUAUUAUUUGCCGAAAUCCCUUUGGGCAAAUAUUUGACAUGUCUUUAUUUCCUCCUUUCCCUUAUACAAUAUUAAAUUUUGGCCUGGGCUUAUGUUUUUACUACCCCUAUCAGAUCAUUAUUUAUUGUAAUUUUUGUGCAAUUUUCUAUAUCGCCUGUUCUGAUUGCACUAAAACUUUCUUCUGCUAAUAUAAAAUUUUCACGUUAUGAGGUUUAUCUAUCCGGUUUUUGCAUGUGAAGAUAGAAAUGAGAUUUUUUAGAUAAAAGGCUGAGCUCUGAGGAAACAUGCUCAUCGCACUAUGCAUUGUAGAAAUCUACCGGAUUAGCCAACGGUAUGCUGCACCGUUUGCUUCAAAACAAUCCUGAUAUAUUUACUGAUUAUACAAUUCUUCGAUUUCCAUCGGUCAUUUUUCUCUUUGUGUUCUCAACUCUAUAUGAUAUCUAUUUUUCUUAAAUUUUGUGCAGCAAAUGAGUAAGAACUAUUACAUUUUACAUGCUACUUAUCACCUUCAUUGUUGUGUUGUGAACAAAGUUGAACUGCUUGGGCUUGUGAAAAAGGUAGAAUUUACUAGAUGCCGUGUCAUGAGAUAUGGCCAUUUUUAAUGGCAUACCAUAUGAAGAUUCUUUUAGUCAGUAGAACUUCUAUGCAUGCCUUCAGCACAUUACAUCUUCAUUCGGUGAAGGAUGUCAUUGAAAGUGAAGGAUGGCAUUGGAAUUUUCUUCAUUAUUUAACCAAGUGAAGGAUAGCAUCACACAAUGGUGUAGUCUAGGAUAGGGAUACCUACAUUUUGAUUUUUGCACAAUACAUUGUAAUAUAAUAUACAUGAUUUUAACUUGUACUUUUGAUGAAUUUUAUCUCAAGUUCUUCAAUGAUAAUAUUGUUUCCGCUUGUUGCUUAAA